AUGUCUCCAAAAAGGCAGGAUGCCCGCGACCUCACACGCCGCACCCCAACCGGACCACAGCUAGCCUCGUUCCAGAGGGCGCCGCUAGCCGCUAACGGGCCCCAUGGCAGACCGCGCUCACCUGUCCUGCGUUGCCUGGCAACGCUCAUCUCUAAUUCAGCAGGUGGCAGGCAGCAGGUGGCAGCGUCGUCAGUCCAGCCCGCAAACGCCACAUCCAGCAUCCAGAGAGAGAGUCCAGCUCAGCAGGUCAGCUACGUCCAGUAUCCAGAGAGAGAGUCCAGCUCAGCAGCCCGCUGGCACCCCCCUCCACCGCCGGAGCUGGACCCCCCUGCCCACAGCCCUCCCCCCCCACCACCGGAGCUGGACCCCCCUGCCCACAGCCCUCCCCCCCCACCGCCACCUCCGCCGCCACCGCCACCGGAACCCCCCCAGACCGUCCCGUCUGCUCCUCCGCUGCCCCCCGGCUCUCCGCCCCCUGGACCCCCGCCCUGCGUGCGGCCGCGGCUGGUCUUCCACGCGCAGCUGGCCCACGGCAGCCCCACCGGCCGCAUCCACGGCUUCACCAACGUCAAGGAGCUCUACGCCAAGAUCGCCGAGGCCUUCAGCAUCUCGCCCUCGGAGAUCCUCUUCUGCACGCUGAACUCCCAUAAGGUGGACAUGCAGAAGCUGCUGGGGGGUCAGAUCGGGCUGGAGGACUUCAUCUUCGCCCACGUGCGGGGAGAGACCAAAGAGGUGGAGGUCACUAAGACCGAGGAUGCACUGGGGCUCACCAUUACCGACAACGGGGCCGGAUACGCCUUCAUCAAGAGGAUAAAGGAAAGCAGCACGAUUGACCGGUUGCAUACGGUGUGUGUGGGGGACCACAUUGAGGCCAUUAAUGACCAGAGCAUCGUGGGCUGCAGGCACUAUGAGGUGGCCAAGAUGCUCAAAGAGCAGCCCAGAGGGGUCCCCUUCACACUGCGCCUGGUGGGCCCAAAGAAAGCCUUCGACAUGAUUGGCCAGAGGACCCGGGCACCCAAAUCCAGCGAGGGGAAGAUGGUGAGCGGACGAGAGACGCUACGUCUGCGCUCGAAAGGCGGAGCCACCGUACAGGAAGUGCCUAAUGAGUUUGAAGAGAGGGCCACUAGGAAGGUGGAUGAUCUUCUGGAGAGCUACAUGGGCAUCCGUGACCUGGAGCUGGCCACGACCAUUGUAGAGGCGGGAAAAGACAAGAGGAAUCCGGACGACUUCGCUGAAGCACUGGACUCCGUCCUUGGUGAUUUCGCCUUCCCAGAUGUGUUCCUGUUCGACGUGUGGGGUGCUCUUGGAGAUGUAAAGAAUGGAAGAUUCUAGAAGCCAGGAAAACCAGGAAAUAAUUACACUAUUUCAACACUCCAGAAAGCAGAGGACUCUGGGAUUGAAUCUGUACCUGAUCUGAGCUGUAUAGGACCAUCAGCCGUAUAGGAGGCAUAUAUAAGCAUUAUAUGAGCUGUAUUGGAGCAUAUACGAGUUAUAUAUUAGAUAUAUAACCCGCAUAUGAGCUGUAUGAGUCAAAUA